CGCAAAGCCAGGCUGACUGAUGGGCAACUUUCGAGAAUCUGAAAAUUUACUCGAUUUACCAAAGAUAACUUUACAGGCGGCCUCUUCCUCGUUUAUCGCGCGCUUGCUGGAUUGGAAAUACCAGAAGAUCUUCCUGAGUCUUUUGCGACCGCGUUUUCUGCUCGGAACCAAUCCACUGGUGAGUUACUGUUUGUGGUUGGGGCAAGUGCACUUCAAUGAUCGUCGUUGACGAAGAUCCGUUUGACCAUGAGGUAUCAUCCUCGUCAUCAGCUCCAGUUGAGGAGGACGAAGUUGGGAGUCUCUAUGCUCAAAUACGUACUCUUCAGGAUGCUCUCACAACAGUCAGUCAGGAGAACGAAGAUCUGCGUUCUUCAGUACAGACCUUAAACCAACUAUCACGCCAUCAUACUGUAUCUCUCAACCGCAUGUCACGCAAUGUCGAUAACGGUCUGGUAGAAAUUGCGCGGCUGCAGUCCGAGUUACUGGAUAAGAACAGUGUCUUGACUCGCUUACCUGCUUCGCUGAGGCUUACUGAAGAUCUCAGCAGGGAAAAUACAGUACUUCGAUUGCAAAUUGAAGAGCUGACGUCCCGUCUCGAAAUCUCUCAUGGUGACGUGGCAGCCCAGGAGUUGAUUGCUGAAGAACUCACCAGAGAAACCGAACGGCUCAAACAACAACUCGAUAAUCUUCGAGAAGCGUCUACACAUGUACCCUCUGUUGCGGGCGAUGAAGAACUUCAAAACCUAAUCAACGAAGAUCUGUCUCGCGAGAAUCGCCAACUGCGUAAUCAAGCGAGUGAACUGCAAGAGACUUUGUCGCAGCUUCAAAUACCCAAUGACGAGUUGGAUUCACUGAAAGGAAUUACUCGGGUGUUAACUCGAGAGAAUAAACGCCUCCAACGGCGAGUCCGGGAGAUGGAGAGUUUGUCCACCGCCCAGGAAGGGAUGAGACAACAAGUAGAGCAAUUGAAUAGGGAUAAUGAGCGUCUCCGGCGUGAGCUGGCGCAGGUGAGAAGACCGCGCCAAAACACCACUGAUGUACCCCCUCCAGCUUACGAGGAUAUUGGUCAUUGAUUUCGACACUCGAUGCUUGUUGGUAUAUCCGACAUGUCCCAGGAGGACUCCUUCAUGUUCUAUCUGUUUGCAAUACGGUAAUAUUAGAACGGACGAUUGAUAUAAUUUUCAACACACUGGAAAAGUGUCUUGAAAAACGCUCUGCUUCAUCAUUAUCAAUUGGAAAAGCAUGGAUCUAAAAUGGACAAGAAUAU